AUGAGUGUAGUCGGCUUGCUUUCUCAUCUUCUCCCACGGUGGCUAGCUCGGCGGCUCCGAGCUUUGGCUACGCGAGGCAAGUGGUCCUUGUGCCGGCAUGAGCCUCUUGUGGUAUCCGAUGACGACUCUGACCACGGCAGUGGAAACGGAGACGUAGCAGAAGCUGCUCCAGCUGCUCGGCAGCAGGCCCUCCUCGAAGCUGUGGCCAAGCAGGUGGUCAAGGGUGCCUACACUGGCCACCAGGCGAAACGCAUGCUGGCAGACCCCAGUUUCGGUGAGGGCGCGCCGCAGCUCCUGGAAUUCCUGGACGUGCUGAUUCAGCAGGCGGGCUCAGGUCCGGCAGCCAGCCGGGCUCUGAAGGAGCUGCAAGAGAAGGGCGGCGGCGAGUCUUCCAAGUUCCUAGAGGCCUGGGCUGCGGCCCUUGCGCGCCCGGAAGCCGCAGCUGCCGGCCCCGGCGAGGAUCCCUGGGAGGAUCUGCCGACCAAGAACAGCGGUCCAUUGUUGUGGGCAACCGCCAUCAUCGAAAACUCGUACAUCUGA